UGAAUACUCAAUUCAAAGACAAUUUAAUACAUAUUUUUAAAAAGCCUUCAAAUCUCUUAUUUUUAAACUUGAAGUUAUUUUGUGAUUCCGUUUCACAUUAUAUUCAAGAAAUGGACAAAAGAGACAAUUUAUCGGUUGUUAUCCACAAAAAGGAAGACUUGCGAGUGGAGCAAACAGAAUUGCCAACUGAGCCUGGUCCAUAUGAGGUACAGUUGGCCUCAAAUACAGUGGGAAUCUGUGGUUCAGACGUACACUUCUGGAAAGACGGGUGUAUUGACAAGUGGGUCAUUAACGAGCCUAUAGUGACCGGACAUGAAUCCAGUGCUACUGUCAUCAAAGUUGGUCCUAAUGUCAAGAAUCUCAAAGUGGGAGACAGAGUGUCAGUGGAGCCGGGAGUGGGCUGUAUGUCCUGUCAGGUGUGCAAAGACGGCUUCUAUAACUUGUGUCCCGAUGUCCUCUUCCAUGCCGUUCCUCCCACUGGAGGUUCACUACGAAGAUAUUAUAAUCACAGCUCAGCCUUUUGUCACAAACUUCCCGAUAAUAUGAGUUACGCUGAGGGGGCUCUCAUGGAGCCAUUGGCUGUGGCUGUCUAUGCCUGCAAAAGAGCGGGCAUUACUGAAGGCUCGGGACAAAAAGUUAUGGUUACCGGUGCCGGACCAGUGGGUCUACUGACAGCUAUGGCUGCUAAAGCAUUGGGCGCUCAAGACGUUUGCAUUUUGGACAUCAAUGAGAAUCGACUGAAAUUUGCCCAACAAAUGGGUAUUGCGAAGACACUACUGAUUAACAUGAAACUGGACACCGAAGCCCUGGCCACUGAAGUGGUCGACCUAUUAGGCGGUAGUCCUACCAUAACCCUGGAGUGCAGUGGCGCCGAGUCUUCGCUCAAUUUAGCCAUUUAUGUGACACAAGACGGCGGAAACGUAGUGAUGGUUGGCCUCAAUCACCGCAAAGUGACGGUCUUCCUGUCCUCGGCGGCCUGUCGUGAGGUGAACCUACUGGGCAUCAAACGCUACCGACACAGCUUCCCACUCGCCAUAUAUCUGGUCUCUUCGGGCAAACUGGAUGUCAAACCACUCAUUACUCAUACAUAUCGUAUCGAAGAGGCGGUGCAGGCCUUCGAAACGGCCAGUUCUCAGACGUCCGGCGCUAUUAAAGUGCAAAUCGAGUGCUUUGAAAGGCCGUAG